CGUUGCAUGACAGUUUGGAUUUAGUAUGACAUAUUGACGUCAGAGCAGCUUUGCUUUUUGUGGAGAGAAAAAGGAGUCAUUUUUCUUGUGUGUGGCUUAAAAAUUCUUUUGUGUGAAAAAUCCAUUUCCCUGCUGUUCUUUGGACAUUUGUGUAGGGAGUAGUUUUCUCCUGGCCCAUAUGCCCCAAGAUUGAUUACUCAUUUGAAGAAGAAGAAAAAAAAGGAAACGUUUUUUGUUCUCUUGUGUGUGACUUUUUUUGUGUGUUGCUCCCACGGGGCUCGACCUCACCUUUAGGGCGUACUGCGGACCAUUGUGGAUUAAGCUGUGUGGACCAACCUGGAGUGUUGCUGUUUGUUACGUGCAAGGAGACGAAUAUACAAGUUGGCAUACGCACACCAACUCCUCGAGAUCCGACAUUUUAAACGGUUGUGGUUUUGCUUUGAGUCCGUUUCCGGAGCGCGGUGAGAGGGUGAGACCUGUGAAUGGCGUGUGCCACCCUCAAGCGCUCCCUCGACUGGGAGUCAAUUAAUCAGCGUCCGUCGAAGCGCCGUCGGUGCAGCCCCUACGGGUCAAAUUCCAGUGCCACUACCACCACCAUGAGCCCCACUGCUCGCGAUGCGGCAUGCGGUUGCUCAGCCACAGAGCCAUCGUCAUCCCCAUUCGCCAAGAUACCCUCCUACCCGAUUCUCACGCCCGAGAAAAUGGCCCAGACCGUUCAUGAUGAGAUCAAGAGACUCCACAGGACGAAGCAACUGUCCGCAGUUGCCAUUGAGCGGAUGCAGGACUCAGAGUCGAGUGGUUCGGAGAUGGGUUCAGACAGCCCAAGGCGUCCGGAUACACCGCCAGUGAAGAAUCCGGAUAAGGCUCUCUUCACAUUUAAACAAGUACAAUUGAUAUGUAGUCGCAUGCUGAAGGAGCAGGAGGAGAAGUUACGUGAGGAAUAUGAUCUCAUUUUGACAUCGAAACUUGCUGAGCAGUACGAUGUCUUUGUGAAAUUCACAUAUGACCAGAUUCAGAGACGCUACGAAGCGGCCCCCAGCUACCUCUCCUAAAAAAAAUAAAUUGAAGAAGAAAAAAUCAUGGGACUCACACCACAAUGCCACAAAAAAAAUUGCUUCUGGGAGAUCCAUAAUCCCCACAUCGAAAAAAAUGGGAGUUUUAAAAUAAAAAAAAAAAAAUGAUGAAGAAUAAUAAGAAAUGAAGUUUGAAGAUGAAGAUGAUAAAAAGAAAUCAUAACUCGUUACUUUUUUCUACACACAUAGACCUUAGAGAUGAGAUGAGAUGCCUUUGGUUUUUCAGCAAACUAAGGGAGAAUAAAUUGCGUAAAAAAAUGAUGAUAUAUUAUAUAUUAUAUAAAAUUAAGUAAAUGGAAGAAAAUCAAGCGGAUAAGAGAUAUAAAUUUAUACAGAAUCAUUUGAAGAACUUUUUUUUUGUCAUAUAGCGUGUACCAACCCUUGAGAGAGAAUUAAUGCUUAGGGGAUGUUUUGAAAAAGCUUCAUUGUUAUAAGGUGAAAAAUGAUGGAUGUUAGAUUCUCGGGUGAAUUUCAUAUGAGAAAAAAAAAUGAGCGAAGGAGCGCAAUGGGAAGAUCUACAUAACAAUCAUACACGUGUGGUUCCCAUUAAUUAUGUAAGAGAGAAGAAUCAUUGCCAUUAAAUUCCGCAUAGAAAUAAAUCCUGAUGAAAACUUUUCUAAUAUCCCGUCUAUUGAGGAAAGAAAGAAAGUAACUAUAUAUGAGAGAAAUUUGUAACAAUUAAAGACUCCACUCGUGGAUUAAAUAAGAUUUAAAUGAGACAUGAAAAAGAAAAUUUGUUUUAAGGCUCUUUAGGAAUUUGCAUAAUUUGAUGUAAUAAAAUUCCAACACACACACAAGAAAAAUGGAAUUCUAAAUUUAAAUUAUUUCUCCCCUCCCCGCGUCUUUGUACCUCCCGCAGAUAAAGAUAUUUCCUUUAAAAAAAUUAUUUUCUAUUGCCAUUUAGUUCAGUUUUUUCGUGGAAUUUUUUUUUCGAAGGCAAAAGAGGCACGCAAGGUUCGUUUUUGAGAGAAAUAUUAACAAUGUAAUAAGAAAAAAAUAUGUAUACAUAUACCUACAUCAAAAAAAGUAAUAUUUUCAUACAAAGAAAGCAACAUUUACGCUACACACAACACUUUGCUCCUAAAAAGAAAAUAACUAAAAAAAAAACAAUAUAAAAUUUAAUAAAAAAGAAAACAAUUCUAUAGAAACUCUGAAAGAUUAAACAAGGGGUUGUGAAAACCAAAAUAAAAAAGAAAUAGAGCAGCUACAGUUGGGAAGAAAAAGGAAAAUCAAUGAAAACUUUAAUGCAAUUUAAACAACAACAAAAUUGAGAAUAAAAAAUCAACGCAAUUGGACAACUUUUUGCAGCAAAGAUUUAUAAUAAACAAAAAAAGAAUGAAAUAGACAAGUCAUACCACAAGUAGUAGUUUUGUGCCUAACUCUUAUGGAUUACACAUACAUAAAAAAAAACAUAACAAUGCUAUUAUUUUAUAAAAAAUGGAAAGAAGAUGAAAAAAUAAUUAUAAUAAAUAUACAAAAAUACAUAAAAUUUAUAAAAUUAAGCAUAAGUCUAUGUAAUACCAAUAAAGAUACCGCAGUAGAAAAAAAA